CCGGCGGGAAGCGUAUUCCGGGCACGGGGCGCCGGGCCGGGCCGCCUGCGCCCGGCGGCAAUAGUGGGAGGCUACCUAAGGCCUCGCGCGGCGCCGCCCGUCGAGGGGCUGGCGGUGGCGGACGGACCGGGCCGUCGAAGAGCUCAAGAGGCCGGUGGGCCGGGCCGAGCCGCGCGGCGCAGCCAUGCCUGGCUUUACGUGCUGCGUACCGGGCUGCUACAACAACUCGCACCGGGACAAGGCGCUGCACUUCUACACGUUUCCCAAGGACGCUGAACUGCGGCGCCUCUGGCUCAAGAACGUGUCCCGUGCGGGCGUCAGUGGAUGCUUCUCCACCUUCCAGCCCACCACGGGCCACCGUCUUUGCAGCGUUCACUUCCAGGGCGGCCGCAAGACCUAUACUGUGCGCGUUCCCACCAUCUUCCCACUGCGCGGCGUCAAUGAGCGCAAAGUAGCGCGCAGACCCGCGGGGGCCGCGGCCGCCCGCCGCAGGCAGCAACAACAGCAGCAGCAGCAACAGCAGCAUCAACAGCAACAACAACCCUCGCCAUCCGCCUCCACUGGCCAGACCGCCCAGUUGCAGCCAAACCUGGUGUCUGCCUCCGCGGCCGUGCUCCUCACCCUUCAGGCCGCUGUAGACAGCAGCCAAGCUCCGGGAUCCGUGCCGCCUGCGCCCACCACUCCCACUGGAGAAGAUGUGAAGCCCAUCGACCUUACAGUGCAAGUGGAGUUCGCAGCCGCAGAGGGCGCAGCCGCCGCAGCUGCCGCGUCAGAGCUAGAGGCUGCUACAGCGGGUCUGGAGGCCGCGGAGUGCCCUAUGGGCCCCCAGUUGGUGGUAGUAGGGGAAGAGGGCUUUCCAGAUACUGGCUCCGACCAUUCGUACUCGUUGUCGUCUGGCACCACGGAGGAGGAGCUCCUGCGCAAACUGAACGAGCAGCGGGACAUCCUGGCGCUGAUGGAAGUGAAGAUGAAAGAGAUGAAGGGUAGCAUCCGCCACUUGCGUCUCACCGAGGCCAAGCUGCGCGAAGAACUUCGUGAGAAGGAUCGUCUGCUUGCCAUGGCUGUCAUCCGUAAGAAGCACGGAAUGUGAAUGGAUUCCGCUGCGGCCUGCAGAACUCCUGGACCUUGCAGCCCUAGGAAUCCUCAGGCUGAUGUUGGAACUCCCCUGUAGUGUGGUUGACAGUACUGAGGCUUAGGGCAGCUGGAUUCUUGCUGGUGAUCUGGCACCUUCACUUGGGGCUUCUGACUUAAUUGGUGACACCAGCAAUUAUGACUUUGUGUACCCUUUCUCCCCACUUUAUGUUGCAGAUUCCGGUUAGGCAGAGGCUUCAGAAUCACUGAACUUGAAACUUACCCUAGAGGGAUGCAGGUGGGAUGCCCAGGAACUAUGGGUUUAGGAAAACCACACCUUAAGGUUUGCCAGCAAACAGAGAAGACUCUACGGUGGGUAGUGAUGAAGAUCCAAAUAACAUCAGUUCUCCUUUUCAUGAUUAACCUUUUCAGGUGCAGCCUGUGAUUCUAAUGGGGACUAGUUGAUCUGUGCCUCUGUCUCCUAGAACCUCCCCAUCCAUGAGGUCAUUUAUGGGGGAUCUGGGUGACCUGCUGAUGGAGAUCCAGCUUGCCAGGGACUUAGGUUUAUCCUGUUAUGUUUGCUACUGGUUACAAAUUCUAUUUUCUGUACAAUUAGUCAGACUAAAGUUUUCACUGUGUUUGUUUGGCAAAACAAAUUAAACAAAAAGUAAGGUUUUUA